AUGAGUGAAGAUUUUGAUGGUGGUGUUUUGGUUCACUUACAAUACUUGAAUGAGAAACACACUUAUAGACCUGUGCAGAUUUUAGGAAUGUUGUUUGCAAAUUUCAAGCAAAUGGCAGAGAAAAACCUUGAAACCCCUGUUUCAAUCUGUGUGAUUGGGAUUCCAUCAUAUUUCACAGACUUACAAAGGCGAGCUUAUCUUGAUGCUACACAUAUUGCUCUAAAAGUCCUUCUCCUACAUGGAAACCUUGAUAUUCUUGUCCACGAGGCGAAAAACCUUCCAAACAUGGAUGUGUUUCAUAAAGCAAUGGGGACAAGUGACCCUUAUGUCUCCAUUGCUAUAACAAGUGCAGUUGUUGGAAGAACAUAUGUUCUUACAAACGUUGAAAACCCGAUUUGGAAUCAAAGAUUUAAUGUCCCUGUUGCACAUCACACUGCUGAAAUCCAUUUCCUUGUGAAAGAUAAGGAUGUUAUGGGGUCACAGCUUAUAGGAGCUGUUGCAAUAGCUGUUGAACAUAUAUAUUCGGGAUCAAAAAUCGAAGGUUUUUUCCCUUUAAUCAACGCAAACGGAAGACCUUGUAAGAAUGGAGCUGGUUUAGCACUCACAAUGCAGUAUUUCCCAAUGGCAAGAUUGUCUUUUUACAACUUUGGAGUUGGAGUGGGACCUCAAUAUAUGGGUGUUCCCGGGACUUAUUUUCCUUUGAGGAGAGGAGGGAGGGUUACUCUGUAUCAAGAUGCACAUGUCCCAAAUACAACCCUCCCUGAUAUCAAGCUAAGUGAAGAUGUGGAUUAUGUUCAUGGGACUUGUUGGAUGGAUAUAUUUGAUGCAAUUACUAAUGCACAACGUCUUGUUUACAUAACGGGUUGGUCUGUGUGGCAUAAAGUGAGAUUAGUGCGCGAAGAAGAGGAGGAAUCACCAUCGACUCCUUUAGGAGAACUUUUGAAAGCAAAAGCACAAGAAGGUGUUAGGGUUUUGCUGCUUGUUUGGGAUGAUCCUACUUCAAGAAACAUUAUGGGCUACCAAACAGAUGGAUUAAUGGCUACACAUGAUGAAGAAACAAGGCGAUUUUUCAAACAUUCUUCAGUGCAAGUCUUGCUUUGUCCUCGAAUGGCUGGAAAAAAGCAUGGCUGGAUGAAGAAGAAGAAAGUUGGAACGAUAUAUACACAUCAUCAGAAAACCGUGAUUGUAGAUACAGAUGCUGGAAAUGGUAAAAGAAGAAUUAUAUCUUUUAUUGGAGGACUUGACCUUUGUAAUGGGCGAUAUGAUACUCCACAACAUCCCAUAUUCAGGACUUUAACAACUCUUCAUUCAGAUGACUAUCAUAAUCCAACUUUCACAGGGAGUGUUACUGGUUGUCCAAGAGAACCAUGGCAUGAUUUGCAUAGUAAAAUCGAUGGGCCCGCAGCGUAUGACAUCAUGACAAACUUUGAGGAAAGAUGGAUAAAGGCUUCAAAGCCUCGGGGUAUUAAAAAACUUAAGGCUACAUCUGAUGCUUUGUUGAAAUUGGAAAAGUUUCCUGAAAUUUUGGGUGCAAAUGAUGAACCUUGCCUUAGUGAUGAAGACCCUGAAGGGUGGCAUGUACAGAUUUUCCGUUCGAUUGAUUCAAACUCUGUUAAAGGAUUCCCAAAGGAUCCACAUGUAGCUACAGCCAAGAAUUUGGUUUGUGGAAAGAAUGUGAUGAUUGAUAUGAGCAUACAUUCUGCAUACAUAAAAGCCAUUCGUUCUGCACAACAUUUCAUCUAUAUUGAAAAUCAAUAUUUUAUUGGAUCUUCAUACAACUGGAAGUCUUACAGAGAGUUGGGUGCCAAUAAUUUGAUUCCAAUGGAGAUUGCACUUAAGGUUGCUAGUAAAAUCAGAGCACAAGAAAGAUUUGCUGUGUAUAUUGUGAUCCCGAUGUGGCCAGAGGGUGUCCCCACGGGGUCCGCAACUCAAAGGAUUUUAUUUUGGCAGAAUAAAACAAUGCAAAUGAUGUAUCAAAUUAUCUACAAGGCUUUGGUGGAGGUUGGUCUUGAAGAGGCGUUUUCACCGCAAGAUUAUUUAAAUUUCUUUUGUCUUGGAAACCGUGAGGCCUUGAGCCCGACUGAUAGUUCGCAUAGCCAUUCCCCUGAUAAUACUCCUCAGGGACUUGCCCGAAAGGGACGGAGGUUCAUGAUCUAUGUUCAUUCGAAAGGAAUGAUAGUGGAUGACGAGUUUGUGCUUUUAGGCUCUGCAAACAUAAAUCAACGCUCUAUGGAGGGUACUCGAGACACUGAAAUUGCAAUGGGAGCUUAUCAACCUCAUCAUACUUGGGCUAAAAACCUCACGGAUCCACGUGGACAGGUUCACGGAUACAGAAUGUCACUAUGGGCGGAACAUCUUGGGACGGUUCGAGAGUGUUUUGAAAAACCGGAGUCAAUUGAAUGUGUAAGACAGGUUAGGUCAAUGGCUGAGGCCAACUGGAAACAGUUUGCAGGAGAUGAGAUAUGUGAAAUAAAUGGCCAUCUUAUGAAGUAUCCUGUGGAGGUUGUUCGAAGUGGCAAAGUCAAAUCUCUUCCUGGAUUCGAGAACUUUCCGGAUGUAGGAGGUCAAAUAAUUGGCUCCUUCCUCGGGAUUCAAGAGAAUUUGACUAUUUGAUUCAUGUUGUAAAGAUUAUUAGGGUUCUUGAAUCCGUCCCCCCCCCCC